UCAGCAUCUCUCUCCAAAGAUAAGCUGUGAAGCUCAACAUUAAAGUCCAUCCUUCUCAGCCUGUCCUGACGCACCGGUCUGGUGCAGAACCGACAGCAUGAGGGGACCGAACCGGAGCCGCGUGUCUGCGCAGCGCGGAGUCCAACUUGUGUGAAUCAUCGCGGGAAGCUGAGAAGAGAACAUGGGGGGUGAAGAUCUGCUGGUGACCCUGCAGAUCCUGCCCGGGUUCUUCUCCAACUGUCUGUUCCUGGCCGUCUACGACUCGGUGGUUCUGCUGAAGCGCGCCGUGACGCUGCUGCGCCGCUCGCGCUCCGCCGGCUGCGGGGAGUGGCGCCGCAUGCUGACCUCCGCGGGGCUGCGCUCCAUCUGGAACAGCUUCCUCCUGGACGCACACAAGCAGGUGAAAUUUGGCCGUGAGGCUCCAAACUCCAAGGUGGUGAAGGUUCCCGACGGACUGUGGUGGACCAGCACUCCGGUCCCUCCUGCUUCCAGGAUCCAGACCCUGGACGAGUGUCGCCUCCUGGAUUUUGAGUCGUCAGAUCGCCCCCUGGUGGUGAACUUCGGCUCGGCCACCUGACCCCCCUUCAUCAGCCACCUGCCUGCCUUCCGGCAGCUGGUGGAGGACUUCAGCGACGUGGCAGAUUUUCUGCUGGUCUACAUCGACGAGGCCCAUCCUUCUGACGGCUGGGUGGCCCCCCCGAUGGGCCCCUGCUCCUUCAGCUUCCGGAAGCAUCAGAACCUGGAGGAGAGAAUGGGGGCCGCUCGCCAGCUGAUCGAGCACUUUUCCCUGCCGCCCCAGUGCCAGCUGGUGGCCGACUGCAUGGACAACAACGCCAACGUGGCGUAUGGCGUGGCCAACGAACGCGUGUGCAUUGUGCACCAGAGAAAGAUCGCCUACCUGGGGGGGAAGGGACCGUUCUUUUACAACCUGAAGGACGUGCGUCACUGGCUGGAACACAGCUACGGCAGGCGGUAGGGGCCAAGAAGAAGAAAACGGACACGAACCUUUCUGAUGUUGUUUUGUUAGAAGAAGGUUUUCAGCAGUUUUUCCAAAUUGUAACAGAAACUCUUCUGGAUCUGCUUCUUUCUACAAACUGGGAACCAGUGAGGAUGACGAGUGACAGCAGCAGGAAACACCGGUUUCAGAAGUCUCCCAUUCCUGGAUUGAAUCACGAUGAUUCAGAGAUGUUUGACUCAGGCCAAGACGUUUAGCUUUUGGCAGC